GUCAGAGUUGGAUUGGUCCGCGGCGGGGACGGAAGCGGUCCCAGGCCCCAGCGGCUGGAGCCGGGCCGGGGCGAUGUGGAGCGCGGGCCGCGGCGGGGCUGCCGGACCGGCGCUGCUGGGGCUGCUGGCUUUUUUGGUACUGGGUGGUGGCGCUGCCAAGACCGGCGCGGGGCUCGUGACCUGCGGGUCGGUGCUGAAGCUGUUCAACACACACCACAGAGUGCGGCUGCACUCUCACGACAUCAAAUACGGAUCCGGUAGUGGCCAACAGUCGGUGACCGGCGUGGAAGCGUCGGACGACGCCAAUAGCUACUGGCGGAUUCGCGGCAGCUCAGAGGGGGAGUGCCCGCGCGGGUCCCCCGUGCGCUGCGGGCAGGCGGUGAGGCUCACGCACGUGUUCACCGGCAAGAACCUGCACACGCAUCACUUCCCGUCGCCGUUGUCCAACAACCAGGAGGUGAGUGCCUUUGGGGAAGACGGCGAAGGUGAUGACCUGGACCUGUGGACGGUGCGCUGCUCUGGACAGCACUGGGAGCGUGAGGCCACUGUCCGCUUCCAGCACGUGGGCACCUCUGUGUUCCUGUCAGUCACAGGCGAGCAGUACGGGAGCCCCAUUCGUGGGCAGCACGAGGUACAUGGCAUGCCCAGUGCCAACACACACAAUACAUGGAAGGCCAUGGAAGGCAUCUUCAUCAAGCCCAGUGUGGAGUCCUCUGCUGGUCAUGACGAACUCUGAGUAUGUGGAUGGGUGGUUGGAGGGUGGCAGGUGAGGUGUCUGCAGGGUUACUGUUGGCGGAGACUUUGGGUUUAUAGGAGUCCUUAAGUGCCUUAAUGAUUAAAAAAUGUUGGUUUGUGA